AUGUCAGACGAUCAACGAGUGCAAGAGUUUUUCGAGACUCGCGAGACAAUGCGGAAAAUCGCACUCUACAUGGGUCUUUGGCCAUUCGAAAAUCCGGGUUUCUUCUAUCGCCUGAUACCUUGUUGUCUCGUGAGCCUUUAUAUUUAUGCAAUACUCAUAAUAUCUAAUUCAAUUGCUCAUCACGUCAACGACGCCAGGCUGGUAACAGUGUGCUCUGGUGUUAUUACGAUUAAUGUUCUGUGUAUCCUAAAGAUAUUGCGGAUCGCCAGAUACAGAAAAGAAAUGCUGUGGUUCAACAAAACAGUCACCGAUCUGUGCAAUCAAUUUCUUAGUGAUGGAGAACUGAAAAAAUUUGUGCUAGAUGAUGUGAGAAUAUUCCGAUGUUUUUUCCGUGUCCAUGCAAGUUUGUGUGCCUUCAGUGGAACAAUACCAAUAAUUACUUCACUGGUAUCAGUUGUCUAUCAAAUGAAGCACGAUAUUCAUCCCAUCAAGUAUAGUUUAAUACUCCCAGGAACAUAUCCGUGGAAUGUAUCCACCAAUCAAUUUGUUCACGGACUUCAUUUUGGUUUCGAAGCCUAUAGCCUAAUGUGGAACUUCUACGUGGGAGCUCUGGUUGAUGUUCUGUUUUCAUUCACCAUCCUUCAAAUGACUAUUCCACUGCGUGGAAUGUCUCAUGCCAUCACGAAUCUGCGCUACGAGCGUGAUUAUGGAAACAUAUUACAUAAAUGUCUCAUCCAAUACAGGACCCUCAUCAAAUGUCGCUGUAUCGUUCAGAAAACUUAUGGACCUAUCAUCGUUUUCAUAGCUGUCACGGGUCCAGUUGCACUCUGUUCACUUGCCUGGCAAGUGACACAGAUGGACUCGAUGACUAAUAUGCAAAAAUUGAGGUUUGCAGCUCACGGAAUCGCCAAAACACUUCAAGUUUGGUCGUACAGCUGGUCAGCAACUAAUCUAAGAGGACAGAGUGAAAACUUUCUGGAAAAAGUUUAUUGUUCUCAAUGGCUUGGUAAUAGAACUUUCAUGAAUACAGUUUUAACAAUACUCAUGCAGAGACCGUUGAUAAUCAGAGCAGGGCACAUGCCAGAUGUUUCUCUCAACAUGUUCGUAUUUGUAAUGAAAACUACUUCAUCAUAUUACUUGUUACUACAGACACUUGACUAG